UAGUUGUUAUGUUAUAUCGUCUUUGGUAACUAUACGUACGAUAGGACAGUAGUGUAAUCAUUGGAAUGCGCAUUCAGAUUCAGUGUUCAUUUUGGAUUCUAUAGAAGAUUAUAUUUUGUAACAGCAGUCAGUCAGUGGCGUGAAUCGGCGUGAUUGUGAAUAGGGUGGGGCGUUCAAGCAAAGAUAAUAACAAAGUGAAUGCUAGAUAAAUAACAGAAUUAUCGUAUCGGAAGUAAUACAGCAACGUCUCCGCGCAACUCGAACCCAGUACGCCGUUGGACGCCGCGUUGAGUGCGCGUGACGACGCCGCAUGCAUUUCCAGGUUGACUAUGGCUGCUAACUACUGAAUAUUUUCGAGGAGACUUAAGAUUCAAUAUGGCUCGGCUCUCGGCGCUUGUGUUCUGCCUUCUCGCGACUAGCUUCACCUACGGCUUCAACGGCGACAGCUUUGAACUCGAAUGUCCUGAUGAGUGCGACUGCCACUACUUCCGCAUAAACUGGGUGACAGACUGCUCAGAGAGCAACCUCACAGAAGUGCCUUACGAAGAGCUCAGCUUAAGCGUCUACAUUCUAGACCUGAACGGAAACAACAUCACGACUCUAAAGACAUUCCCUAAUGACAUCAAGAUGAGGAGACUACAGAUAGCCAACAACAGGAUACAAAGGGUCGAGAAGGAAGCGUUCAAGGGGCUGGAGUACCUCAUAGAUGUCGAUUUGUCCGGGAACAAUAUCAGCUAUGUCGAUCCUGAAGCUUUUCUAGAUUCGCGGGGCCUGCUCAAUGUGGAGCUACAAGACAACCCCAUUAGCGUCGUUGAAGGACCGUUCCUUAUCUCCAGCACGCUGCAGUUUCUGGACAUCAGCUCCUGCAACCUGUCCACCUUGAACCCCCAAUUUUUCGAGAAUAUCACUUCGUUGACCUCCCUCGACCUUUCAAACAAUCCUAUCAAGUCGUUGGAGCCGGGAGUCUUCGAUGUUCUCACGAGUUUAGACUCUUUAAAACUCAACAACUGUAAACUGACAGCUCUAUAUGACACCACUUUCGCUGCGUUGGUUAACCUUAAGAGUUUGGAACUUGCUGGCAACCAAUUAACAGGAACCGACUGGCCAGAAAUGUUUGGUAAACUAGCCAGAUUAGAAUACUUGGACUUAAGAAACUCUGGCAUAGUAUCCCUGUCUGAAGACACAUUUUCAAAUAAUACAUUUUUGCUGUCACUGAUUUUGGCUGACAACGAACUACGUGAUUUGGAUGUUGCAGCGACUCUGGGUAACAGCCUGAACCAACUGGAACUGUUGGAUUUAUCGAAUUGCAAAAUCCGAGGACCAAUAUCAGGAGAAGCAUUUGCCAAUGCUACCAACUUAAAAACUCUGUAUCUAUCUGGUAAUCCCUUAUUCGCUCCAGAUUUACAAGAAGCAAUAGCACCUCUUCCUAAACUAGAGAAACUUUUCUUGAGCAAUUGCGGUCUUCAAAAUCUUCCAGACAACUUCAACACAUUUGAUAAUCUCCAAGAACUAGAUAUUUCUCAUAAUCCUCUUGUAAAUGUGUUUACAAGACUUCUUGCCCCGCUUGAAAAGUUAGAAUAUCUGAAUAUGGGAUACAGUAACCUAUCUUAUAUUGGACCGGACUCUUUCUCCAAAAUGACUUCAAUGAAAAGACUUGUUUUAUCUGGCAAUGACCUUUUGUCUCUUGAAGCUGGACUUUUCGGCAACCUCACUCAACUGACCACUCUAGAAUUAGAGUUUUGCGGAUUGAAAAGGCCUCUAAAUGCUAAUGCUUUCUUUAAAAACUUAACAUAUAUGGAUUUGAGGGAAAUCAGACUUGGUGGUAACCCUCUUGUAAUACCCGAAUCUGGUCCAUUAUUUCCGAAGCAACUGUCUCAAGUAACUAUACUCGACCUUAGUAAUUGCAAUAUCUCGGCACUCAAUGUUGAUGCAUUCAAGCAUACAGAGAACAUAACGGAAUUGAACCUAGCAGGCAAUCGUCUCAGGUCGGAAAAAGGAAGUCUUGUUUUCUUAGAAAGGCUUCAGCAUUUGGAAAAAAUCAACCUUAGUAACAACAACUUGACAACAAUAGACCCGCAGAUAUUCAUCAACAACCCCAGACUUCAUUCCCUGAAUUUGGUCGGCAAUCCCUUCGUUUGUGAUUGUAAGAUAGCUGAAAUGUGGGACUGGGCGAACAUGAUCAAAGGUGACCUCGAUGUUCUCGUCGGAGCGAAGAGUGCUGAAAAAGAUAUCGUUGUUAAAGGCAAUAAGAAGAAGAAGAGUCUAUAUUGUCAUUAUAACGAGACCCAGCUGCGAAAUGUAAGCAUCAAUGCUAACAGGACAGUACCUGGAAGAAGACCAUUCAUUAAGCCAAGAGAUCUAACAAUAGCUAACAGGACAUGGGCGAAGUACGUUCGGGAAUCCGGAUGCGAACCUGUGGUGAAAAUAUUGCGUCCGGUCGCUUUGAUGGCGGAGUUUUUCAAGCAAGACGUCCAACUAUCAAGUACCGCUUUGGCUGUGGGAUUAGUUGCACUAGCUCUCGGAGCAGCUACGAUUAUGAUGACAGUGAGGCUGUUUAAAAGAAAUCGAUCGUCUGAAGUGGACACAGAAAAAAACAGAAAACAGAGAUAGCAGACAAAAGUGAAAAACGAAUAGGUGUGAGUGCCAAUUGAACAUUUACAGUCGGUGCAUUAUAAAUGCGAAUGACUUCAGAUUUUGAUGUUUAUUUUUAUACUUACUUACAGAAAUAAAAAGCAAAUUUUUGAUAAAAGGGUCUCUCUAGAACGUAGAAAUAUUGAACUUAUAUUUAUUAUAAUAAUAAUCUCUGUAGAAUCUGUACAUCAGUUUUAUAAAAUUAUUACUAGUCAAGAUGUAUCAAAUUGUUAAGGAUCAAAUUCUCAGGCUUGGUGUAGCGUGUGGAGGAGUUAUUUGCCAGUUAUAGCAGUAAUUUAAGUGCCUAAUCAGUAUUGAAAUGCCUAUGUUUUAAACAUGCGUAAAUACAAUAAAACAUUCCUAACAAA